AUGCAUAGAUUUUGGAUAUUUAUAUUCAAUUUUAUAUAUUUUUGUGUAUGUAAAAAAAAAAAAUAUAUAACUCCAUCCAGUUUCAUUAUAGCUCAAACUAAUAACAACAUACGACGUAAAAAUAAGUUACGUUAUUAUGAUAAUGAAUAUCCAAAACAAAAUAUUAGUAUACCAUCUUUGUUGUUAUCAAAAAGAAUAAUAUUUUUAUCAUCUCCUAUAUAUCCUCAUAUUUCAGAACAAAUAAUAUCUCAGUUAUUAUAUUUAGAAUAUGAAUCCAAAAGGAAGCCAAUUCAUUUAUAUAUUAACAGUACAGGUGAUUUAGAAAAUAAUAAAAUAGUUAACUUAAAUGGGAUUACUGAUGUAAUAUCAAUAGUUGAUGUAAUUAAUUAUAUAUCAUCAGAUGUGUAUACAUAUUGCUUAGGUAAAGCAUAUGGUAUUGCAUGUAUAUUAGCUAGUAGUGGAAAAAAAGGAUAUCGAUUUUCUUUAAAAAAUUCAUCUUUUUGCUUAAAACAAUCCUAUUCUAUUAUACCUUUUAAUCAAGCAACAAAUAUUGAAAUCCAAAAUAAAGAAAUAAUGAACACUAAAAAAAAAGUUAUAGAUAUAAUUGCAAAAAAUACAGAAAAAGAUAGUAAUAUUAUUUCAGAGAUAUUAGAUAGGGAUAGAUAUUUCAAUGCAAAUGAAGCUUCUGAUUUUAAUUUGAUAGAUCACAUUUUGGAAAAACAAUAA